UUUUACGUUAAAUCCAUUGUUAAUUUAUCACGAUUAUUUGAUGUCUUGAUAUUUCAAUAAAUGAAUUUUAAAAUUAUGUACACGUAGCAUAUUACUUAGGUGAAAAGAAUUAACUUAUCAGUAGGUUUUAUUUAUGCGUAAGAACUGAUUAAAAUUCUACUGACGAAUGUGUAUUUUUGUGAUACAAGAUUUCCUAGUUUUGUGAUCAAUGUUGUUUCAAGACUGCUACUAAAAUAAAAUAAUAAUGGGAAGCUUAGAAUUAAUACAAACAUUAAGCGGACAUUCUGGAAGAGUUUGGAGCGUUUGUUGGCAUCCAAAAGGCAUUUAUCUUGCAUCGUGUGGAGAAGAUGCGAUCAUUAGAAUAUGGAAAGAAACUAAUUCUGAAUGGAUUGCGACUACGUUAUUAACCCAGGGUCAUACGAGAACUAUCAGAGAAAUCGCUUGGUCUCCUUGCGGAAAUUACAUUGCUUCUGCUAGUUUUGAUGCUACUACAUCAAUAUGGGAUGGAAGAUCCGGAGUAUUUGAAUGCAAUGCGACAUUGGAAGGACAUGAAUAUGAAGUUAAGAGUGUAAGUUGGUCUGCUAACGGACAAUUACUUGCAACGUGUAGUCGCGACAAGACCGUCUGGAUAUGGGAAGCAAAAGACAAUGAAUACGAGUGUGCUUCGAUCAUUAAUGCUCAUACUCAUGAUGUUAAAAAGAUAAGAUGGCAUCCUAACAAAGACAUUCUUGCAUCGGCCAGUUAUGACAACACAGUUAAAAUAUAUGAAGAAUACCUACUCGACAGCGACUGGUCGUGUUCUCAUACAUUAGCGUCUCAUCAAUCUACAGUUUGGAGUCUUUCCUUUGAUAAAACUGGUGAACGUAUAGUUACAGUUAGUGAGGAUAAAACUGUUAAAAUAUGGCAAGAAUACAAAGCUGGGAACACAAUUGGCAUUUCUACCACAAAUAAUGAACCAGUUUGGAAAUGCGUUUGCACUUUGUCAGGAUAUCAUACUAGAGCUAUUUAUGAUGUAGAUUGGUGCAAGAUAACUGGAUUAAUUGUAACUGCAUGCGGAGAUAAUAUGAUCAGAAUAUUUAAAGAAGACAGUGAUUCUUCUAUGCACGAACCAUCUUUUUCAAUGGUUUGUUCAAUGAAUAAUGCACAUACACAGGAUGUAAAUUCUGUUCAGUGGAAUCCUACCAUUGCUGGUCAACUUGCAUCUGCUAGCGAUGAUGGCUUAGUCAAAAUAUGGCUUUACAAUGAGCAAGAUGAAUAAAUGUAUUAUUACUACUCUUCCUUUUACGGAUUUAAGGGGACCUUCUACUCUGAGCACCUAAAAAAAGGCUAUUUUCGCGAAUUUUUUCCAAGAAAACUAUAA